UUUUUAUUAUUUUUACAAAAAUUUUUUCUUCAACUUUAUUCUAUUUUUAUUUAUUUUUAAGCGCUCAGAAUCGCAACAACAACAAAAAGAAAAAAAUAAUAAUUUUUCUCCUUCCCCUCAACAACAACUUUCUCCAAAAUUUUCUGAUAAAAAACAAUCAUCCCCCUCGCUAGCAGCCAUUGGCCGACACACCGCUGUGCCAGUGCUCCCACCGAGCACGCUUUUAUCUAAUGGGCCUAAACCACGUCUUUGCCUUUUAAUUAAGGGAAGUCCAAGCCAAGAAUUCGGCUUCAGUUUGCACGCUGAAGGCAACGGGCAUUUUAUUGGGGCAGUCGAUUCUGAUGGAAUUGCGGAGAGAGCUGGAUUGGUGACAGGGCAAAGAAUAGUUGGAGUAAAUGGCCAUUUGGUAUAUUCGAAUACUUCUCAUAUGGAUAUUGUGCAAAUUAUUCAAAGAGAACCUCUCCGAACAGAAUUACUUGUUGCUUCUGAACAAGUUGAUCGUUUUUAUAAGGAAUAUGGACUUGGUUUGAUCUUUUUGAAAAAUGAAAACAAAAAUUUUGUAGCAUUCUCUUAUGACUACGUGCAAUUUUACGACCCCGUUGUUAUGCGCAAUGGGAAUGGGAAACCCCCACAGUUAGGUGGAGCAGCUGCAGUUCGUCCCAAACAAUCCCCCAAUGCUGUGAAGAACCAAAAUUAUGAAAAAGGAAAAACUGUGCAGAGGAGUAGAAGUGGUAGUCGAUCUGUGGAGAGAAACCCUUCUAAUAAAAAUAAUGGCCAUGCUAUACGUGGACGUGGUCAAUCACUUGGUAAAAGGCCCCCAACACCUUCAACAACUUAUUUGUCCUCCUCUGAACAAAUUAAUGGACAUGUAGCCGUCCAAAUUGAAAAACGUUCGGACAACAUGACUUCUAUUGAAAUUGGAGAGAUUGACGACUCCGAACCAACAAAAAUAAUUGACGAAAAUUCUCAACAUUUAUUUGGUGUUGGCACUCCUCCAAGCAGUAGAUGCGAGGAGAAGUUGAAAAAUGGGCAUCAUUCUGUUAAAAAUGGAGGAGGGAAAAUUACUAAUGGAGUAGCUGGGAAAGGAGGAAGAGGAGUUGAACAUGUCGAAAAUUCUAAGCAUGUAAUAGCUGAUGGGCCUGUUUAUUCAACUGAUUCUUCUGUUAAACCGCCUCAUCCAAUUGCCGCCCCUAGAACUACUCCUAGACCCGAACGGCGGUACUCACCCCCUCAACCAUUAGAAAUUUAUCAUCCUUCCCAACUACAACAGGCAAUUUUUUUAAAGUUUGAAAGAAUGGGGGUUAAAGAUGGAACUUGA